ACGGCAGCCGGGAAGGAGGCGAUGACGGGCGCGCGGCCGUGCGCCGCGGAGGAGCGCAGGUCCCGGGAGCGCGGCAGCUGCGGAGGAGCGGCGGCCGAGGCGGCGGCGGGCGGCAUGAACGGGGCGCGGGGCGCUGGCCGGGCGCUGGCCGCGCUGCUUCUGGCCGCGUCGGUGCUGAGCGCCGCGCUGCUGGCCCCCGGAGGCUCUCCGGAGUACGGUGCCGAGGCCGCCCCGCCGCGAGCAGACUUAGAUAAAAAAAGGCAUGUAGAGCUGAAGAUGGACCAAGCGUUGCUGCUCAUCCAUAACGAACUACAUGGAACAAACCUGACUGUCUACUGGAAUUCUGAACGCUGUUAUCACUGCUCAUUUCAGGUUCUAGUAAAUGUUUCCUGGAGUGGAAAACCUGGGAAGCCUAGCACUGCGGCGGUUGCUGUGAGCACCCAGCAUGGAUCUAUCCUGCAACUUAAUGACACUGUGGAAGAGAAGGAAGUUUGUAGGCUGGAAUAUAAAUUUGGAGAAUUUGGAAACUAUUCACUCUUGGUAAAGCACGUCCAUAAUGGAGUCAAUGAAAUUGCUUGUGACGUAGUUGUCAAUAAGAAUCCAAUUGACAGUAACCUUCCUGUGUGUGUCGCUUUCCUUAUUGGUGUGGCAAUCAUCAUUGCAGUCUCAUUUCUCAGGUUUUUACUGAGUUUGGAUGACUUUCAUAAUUGGAUUUCUAAAGCAAUAAAUUCACGGGAAACUGAUCGCCUGAUCAAUUCUGAGCUGGGGUCUCCAAGCAGGGCAGACUCACUCGGUGGCGAUACUCAACCAGGAGGAUGGUGUCCACCUGCCUCACCUCCGCGCCUCCGCUGUGUAGACACAUUCAGGGGGAUAGCUCUCAUCCUUAUGGUCUUCGUUAAUUAUGGAGGAGGAAAAUAUUGGUACUUCAAACACUCAAGUUGGAAUGGACUGACGGUGGCCGACCUUGUAUUCCCAUGGUUUGUAUUUAUUAUGGGAUCUUCGAUUUUUCUGUCAAUGACUUCCAUAUUGCAGCGAGGAUGUUCAAAACUCAAAUUGAUGGGGAAAAUUGGAUGGAGGAGUUUCUUGUUAAUCUGUAUAGGAAUGUUCAUUGUGAACCCCAAUUACUGCCUUGGUCCAUUGUCUUGGGAUAAGGUGCGAAUCCCUGGUGUGCUCCAGCGGCUGGGGGUGACCUACUUUGUGGUUGCCAUGUUAGAGCUCAUCUUUGCCAAACCUGUGCCUGAAAGCUGUGCCUCGGAGAGAAGCUGCUUUUCCCUUCGAGACAUCAUCUUCAGCUGGCCCCAGUGGCUCUUCAUUCUGAUGCUGGAAAGCAUUUGGCUGGGCUUGACAUUCUUCUUGCCUGUUCCUGGAUGUCCUACUGGUUAUCUUGGACCUGGUGGCAUUGGAGAUUUGGGGAAGUAUCCAAAUUGUACUGGAGGAGCUGCUGGCUACAUUGACCGCUUGCUUCUGGGCGAUGACCACAUUUACCAGCAUCCUUCUUCGGCCGUGCUUUAUCACACCGAGGUGGCCUACGAUCCAGAGGGAAUCUUAGGGACCAUCAACUCCAUUGUGAUGGCAUUUUUAGGAGUUCAGGCAGGAAAAAUACUCUUGUAUUACAAGGACCAGACCAAAGACAUACUGAUCAGAUUCACUGCCUGGUGUUGUUUUCUAGGGCUUAUUUCUAUUGCUUUGACGAAAAUUUCUGAAAAUGAAGGCUUUAUUCCAAUAAACAAAAAUCUGUGGUCCAUUUCCUAUGUCACCACACUGAGCUCCUUUGCCUUCUUCAUCCUGCUUAUCCUGUACCCUAUUGUGGACGUGAAGGGACUGUGGACAGGGACCCCGUUCUUCUACCCAGAAUGACCCUCCACAGUGGAGGCAAGCAACUUUCCCGCUUGGAAUCCUAACACCGAAGACAUGGUUUCUCAGGAGUGAAGACAGGAGAGCACGCAAAGGGAAACAGCGCGUUUCAUAUGAUGCAUCAUCAUGCUUCUGACUUUUCUGGGAGAGUUCCGUAUAGAAGGAAAGGUGGAACAGGUUGUACUUCGCGUGGUGACCCGGGGCCACCUCCACGGGGCGGUGGCUGUUGCCACUGACAGACGGCUGUCUGGCUGGUGUUCCAGCUUGGACCUCUACCCCGGACCCUCAACUCCACUGUAACAGCUCGCUGGACCCUCCGCCCGGACGCCCGCCAGCACCCAUCCUCCCUUCUUCCCGCCUCUCUUCCCACAUUCAGACUUUUCAUCUGGAUUUUCCUAGCUCGUGGAUGGGUCUCUUUGUCUCUAGGUAUGAAACUCCGUCACAUUUCACCCCCCUUUACCUCCUCUAUCCCCCUGUUUUCUGUAUUUAGCCAUUCCCCUCUCUUGUCACUUCCAUCCCAUCUUCCAUCUGAAAAGCCUG